CUCCUCGCCUCCGCGCGCCGACCCGUUCGCCUCCGCGCCGGCUUCCCCCGCCCACUCCCUGCCCCCAAACCCGCCGUCUUCCCGCCGCAAGUCCCGCUUCCACUACCCCUCCGCCCCUGACGCCUUCUCCUCCUCCUCCGCCUACCGCCGCGCCGCAUCCUCCGCCUCCACCUCGCCCACCUCCGCCGCAAAGCCUCACCACCGCCGCCACGCCUCCGCCUCCUCCUCCUCCUCCCCCGCCGCCGUCGACGUGUUCGACGAUGGCGUCGCGCGCCUCAACUCCUUCCUCCGCCGCCAGCGCGCCGCCGUCGCUGAGCUCGGCUCCGGCGGCCGCCCAUCCUCGAGGUCCACGAAGAUCGUCCUCUCCGACGCCUCCAAAAGUAAGGAUUACCACCAAAUCCAUCCCCAAUUGCUCCAAUUGAAUCUACCCCACCACACGCUCACUUGCGAUUUCCUGUUCUAUCUCCCCGCAGGUGUCAGCUCAAUCGCGGCGGCGAUAUGCUACGCGUGGAUGCUGGCGAGCAAGGAGGACGCCGAGGCGGCGGUGCCGGUGGUGAACAUGCGCCGCGGCAGGAUGGAGAGGUGCAGGCAAGCGGCCUGGCUGCUCCACCACGUCGGCGUCGACGCCUCUGCUCUGCUCUUCGCUGACGAGGUUGACAUGGAGGGGCUAAUGAUGGAUAAGCGAGUCAGCUUGGUAGUGGUGGGGCAGGAUGUUCUGAAACCAAACGAUAAGAUGGGCUCAGUUUGCACAAUCCUCACCAAUAAUUAUUGUGAAGAUGCUUAUAGUCUACUUCAGAGCCUGGACAUAAAGAAACUUCUGCUUGCAGGUAUCCUGUUAGAUACGAAAAAUCUUUCCAACAUGUGCUCAAACAGAGAUUCAGAGGCAGUGCAACUGCUCUUGUUUGGUACCUCUGAGCAUAUGAGGCACGAAUUGUUUCAACAAUUGCUUCUUGAUCACAAUGAUCAUUCUUUUGUCGAGUACUUGAAGAACAACUACAGAGAGCCGUCCACAAAAGGUGAAGGGAACAGUCCCCUGGACCAGAAACAUUCAGUUUCAGCAUCAGGGUCAUCCCAAGAUGCUAAGAAGCCCAAUUCAAAUAAUCAGAGACCGGUGCACGGGAAUGGUGGAAAGACCUCAGAUGAAACUCCCCGUGGGAAGAACAAAUAUUUCUUAGCAAAAUGGUUUGGUUUUGGAUCAAAAUAGCAUGUUUUGACUUAUACUAAUUCAUAUCAAAAUAGCAUGCUUUCACUUCUAUUAAUUCGACUAUUCAUUUGAUUUACAUGUUGAGAAUUCAUGAUUUGUCACAAUGUUGAGGAAGUAUAAUUUUAGAUAACUUAUUUAUUGUCCUCAUUAUAUAUUAUUGUGAAAAGAGCACUAUAUAUGAAAACUAUUGGAACUAGCAAUUUUGGUCAAAUUAAUAUAUUUUCCAUGGUUACAUAUUUUAAUUUUUACUACCAGAAAAUAGUUUUUCCAUGGUCAAACUAUUGGGAAAGAGCACUUCCUUUAUUGUAUUUUUGGGAUUCUGAGAAGAGCACUUCCUUGGUAUAUUUCUGGCAUUCCUAUUUUCAAUCCGGAUGUCAACUAAUGAGGACAUGAUGAUUAAAAAAACAUCAGGAACAGAACUUUAUGAACUCAGUUGUCUUCCAGGAUUCUGUUUUCUUUUUCCUGCAUCCUGUAUGACAUAUGCUAACUCAUUUCUUCCAGCUUUUUUCAAUUACUUGUAAUGUUUAA